AUGUCCUUCAUUCUAGUCAAACUCCUCAAAAUCGGCGUAAACGAAGCCAAAAAGCGUCACAAAACCAAAAAAGAAGAACAAAAAUUCCAAGCCGCCGCCGCAGCCGGAUCCCCCCAAUACCUAAACAACGAACAAUACCCAAUGAGCGCAUACCCAGCCGGCGCCGUCCCAGGAACAACAAUGCACUUUGAAAGCCCCAAGGAGCCAAUGAGCAAACGCGCCAAAAUGAGCUUCAUGUUCGUCUCCGCAUUGCGCUUCCUCCAAUUCGUCUUCGGCCUCACAGUCAUCGGCCUCUAUGGCAAAGACGUGCACCACGACCACUCGGAGAAACACAUCUGGCGCUCACAAUGGGUGUACGCACUUGUUACCGGCUUCCUAGCUACAGUCACUGCGGGUAUCCACCUCACCAUGCCAUUCCUGAUGCGUCGUGUGAAGCAUGCCUCUGGGCCGAAUGCUAAAUGGUUAUUGCCGCAGUUUGCAUGGGAGUUUGUUGUUACUGUGCUUUGGUUGGCACUUUUCGGGGUGUUUGGGAAGAUGUAUAUUGGUGUUUAUGCUGUUGAAUCCAGUUCUGGUUCUGGGAAGAGGGAUGAGGCUGUUACUUCGACUUCGACUUCCAGUCUUGGUGAUGCCGAUAAGAUUACCCGUAUGCGCCAUGCUGUCUGGAUUGAUGUUAUUAACCUUGGUUUCUGGGUCAUUACUUCUUCUUGGGUUUUGAUGCGUUGGUUGAAGAGUCGACGGGCUGCGGCUACUGAGGAUGCUGGUGAUGAUGCUGAGAAGGGUGAGGGGGAUAAAUUUUAG